GUUUGUAACGGUGAGCUGGAGCUGAGAGAGGGAGAGAGGGAGAAGACUUAUCUCUGGGUCUGCCAGCAGGAAAGCCUCUCCACAUUUAAACCGGGACGCCCCACUUCUGCUGGAGUCGGAGGAGACGCAAGCGCACAAAUGCAGCUCUAAUAUCAUUCAUUUCCCCAGACUGACUGGAUAUAUUCAAGGCAUUGCAUCCAACUGCUUCUGACAAAGACAGUGAAUGGGAAUGCCUGCGGCGUCUCCGUCUCCAACACAGAUUCAGAACUCAUCCGAGGGCAGGCGCUUUUGAUGAGAUAUAAGAAGAAGGACCUCCAGCACACAGUCAUCAAAAAGACUACAUGAAAAGCUUGGCUAGAUUACUUCGGGCAUGACCCGUCUGGAGAAAUUGUCUGUGCAAGAACAGUUUGCCCUUCAGAAGUCAUCUUCACCCUACCUCCAGGCCAUCUUCUUUUCCACACUGGCUCUGAAGAUAAGGACUUAGAGAGGGCAAAGCAGGAGGGGUGUCAGGGUGUUGGGCAGGGGGCCGCUGGCGCACGAGGGAGGGGCAGCGCACAUCUCUGGAGGUGAGUGGGAGCCCACCCUCGCACAUGCCGUCCCCUGCCCACACCGGUCCUGCCGCCCUCUGCAAUGGUGACAUGACAGCAGACGCCGCGGAGGACCUCAGCUUCACAUUGCCAUUUUUUUCACUGUCUUAUCUGACCCAUACAAUAGACAUUGUAAAUCGCUUUUGAACAGACGACAGUGUGUAUAUACUUAUCCGAGUGGCUGCAGGGUGAUGAUGCUGGUGUGUGGGCGCAUGAGGCGGCUCUACCGGCAGCUCACGCUGCAGACCAGCCUUCUGCUGCUCUUCCUCUUCUGCAUGGUCAGUGUACUCAUCUCAGCCUACUUCCUGUAUGGGGUCAAACGGGAGCUGGAGCCGGCAGGGGUCGGUGGGGUGGAGGGUGCGGAGGAGGGCACCGCCAACUGGGAGGAUCCACAAGCAACCCCCUCCCCACCCUCAGCCAGGGUUCUUCCCGCAAGAACUGCCAAACCUGCAGACACGUCUCGCACAGACCCUGUGGUGCUGGUAUUUGUGGAGAGCCUGUACUCUCAGCUGGGUCAAGACAUCGUGGCCAUCCUGGAGUCGGGCCGCUUCCGCUACCAAACUGAGAUCGCCCCUGGCAAGGGCGACAUGCCCACCCUUACGGACAAGAACCGUGGCCGCUUCACACUGGUCAUCUACGAAAAUAUCCUCAAAUAUGUCAACCUGGAUGCCUGGAACAGAGAACUGCUCGACAAGUACUGUGUGGAGUACGGAGUGGGCAUCAUUGGCUUCUUUAAGGCCAAUGAGAACAGUUUGCAGAGUGCCCAACUGAAGGGUUUCCCCCUCUUCUUACACUCUAACCUGGGCCUGAGAGACUGCAGUGUUAACCCCAAGUCCCCCCUGCUUCUAAUCACCAAAGCCCUUGAGGUAGAGCGCGGACCCCUGCCCGGGGACAACUGGACUGUCUUCCAGUCCAACCACUCCACCUAUGAGCCUGUGCUGUUGGCCCGAGGCCGGGCGGCCGAAGCCGGGGGUCCACCUGGUCCCUUGCAUGCAGCAGUGGUCCAGGACCUGGGGCUUCAUGACGGCAUCCAGAGAGUGUUAUUCGGGAACAACUUGAACUUCUGGCUGCACAAGCUGGUGCUGGUGGAUGCGGUCAGCUUCUUGACAGGCAAGCGGCUGUCUCUAGCACUGGAACGCUACAUUCUGGUGGACAUUGAUGACAUCUUUGUGGGCAAGGAGGGCACACGAAUGAAAGUUUCUGACGUGAAGGCCCUGCUGGAGACACAGAAUGAGCUCCGAACUCAUGUACCCAACUUCACUUUCAACCUCGGCUUCUCCGGAAAGUUCUUUCAUGCAGGCACUGAUGAGGAAGAUCUGGGUGAUGACCUUCUUCUAUCCUACAGUAAAGAGUUCUGGUGGUUCCCGCACAUGUGGAGCCACAUGCAGCCUCACCUUUUCCAUAACCAGUCGGUGCUGGCUGAACAGAUGCUGCUCAACCACAAGUUUGCUGAGGAACAUGGCAUCCCCACCAACAUGGGUUACGCUGUGGCUCCUCACCACUCCGGCGUCUACCCCAUCCACAUGCAGCUGUACGAGGCCUGGAAAAAGGUGUGGGGCAUCAAGGUGACCAGCACAGAAGAAUAUCCCCACCUCAAACCCGCCCGCUUCCGCAGAGGCUUUAUCCACAGUGGCAUCAGUGUGUUGCCCAGGCAGACCUGCGGCCUCUUCACCCACACCAUCUUCUACAACGAGUACCCCGGAAGCCCUAAAGAGCUCGACAAACUCAUUAACGGUGGAGAGCUCUUCCUCACUGUGCUUCUCAACCCUAUCAGCAUCUUCAUGACCCACCUCUCCAACUACGGCAACGACCGCUUGGGCCUGUACACAUUCAAGAACCUGGUCAAGUUCGUCCAGACGUGGACCAACCUGAAGCUACAGACAUUGCCACCCGUGCAGCUGGCCCAGAAAUACUUCCAGAUUUUUCCUGAGGAGAGGGACCCCAUCUGGCAGGACCCCUGCGAGGACAAAAGACACAAAGACAUUUGGUCAAAAGAGAAAACCUGUGACCGCUUUCCUAAGCUGCUCAUCAUAGGCCCACAGAAGACUGGAACGACAGCGCUCUAUCUGUUCCUGGGUAUGCAUCCUGACCUGACCAGUAAUUAUCCAAGUAAGGAGACUUUUGAGGAGAUCCAGUUCUUCAACGGUCGUAAUUACCACAAGGGCAUUGACUGGUAUAUGGAGCAUUUCCCUUUGCCCUCCAACACUAGCUCAGAUUUCUACUUUGAAAAGAGCGCUAACUACUUUGACUCAGAGGUCACAGCCCGGCGAGCGGCAGCCCUUCUUCCCAAAGCCAAGAUCAUCACAAUCCUCAUCAAUCCAGCCGACAGAGCCUACUCCUGGUACCAGCACCAGAGGGCUCAUGACGACCCUGUAGCCCAGAAGUACACCUUCCAUGAUGUCAUAACCGCUGGCCGCGACGCCCCCAUCAAACUAAAGGUGCUUCAGAGUCGCUGUCUGGUGCCUGGGCUGUACGCCACCCACCUCCAGCGAUGGCUCAACCACUACCAUCCCAGCCAGAUCCUGGUUUUGGAUGGUCAGAUGCUGCGGACAGAGCCUGCUUCAGUCAUGGAUAAGAUCCAGAAGUUUCUUGGCCUCACGAACGCGCUCAACUACCACAAGAUCCUCGCGUUUGAUCCUAAGAAGGGCUUCUGGUGCCAGCUGCUGGAUGGGGGGAAGACUAAAUGCCUGGGGAAAAGCAAGGGGAGGCGGUAUCCUGACAUGGAUGUGGAUUCGCGCAGCUUCCUGAGAGAGCACUACCGCGAUCACAACAUCGAGCUGUCCAAGCUGCUGUAUAAGAUGGGCCAGCCGCUGCCCAGCUGGCUGCGAGAGGAGCUGCUCCACAGCAGGUAGCCAGAAAAGGGCGCAGGGUGCAACACUAAGGACACACUCUCACUCCUCCCUGCGCUCCAGAGGGCACGCUACCUCUCCACCCCGGCCCCCUCCCCACACAGAAUCUCAGCUACUGUACCUGGAUAAGCGAGGGCAGCCCACGAAGGCUCUCCAGCGUGAGAGGGUCUGGGCUCCAGGAGAAGAGAAAUGGAGAGGAAAAGCGGGGUGCCACAAGGAUGACCCUUUGGUACUUUUGUGUUUUGCUCUUCGGGAGGGCAAGAGUGCCCAGGAAUGUUUGUCGGUACGCACACACAGUGGAAGCUUCUAAAGACUUCUUUUCUU